UGGAAGGGUAAUUACGUCCAAAUGCUUAUUAUCAUCGGCUCCCGAAUCCCGAUUGCUUGACGCCUUUCCCAUCAUUUUGCCCUCUCUCUUUUGCCUUCUCUCUUUCUGGCCCUCUUUCUAUCCCGCUCGAGAGCGCGCUAAGACGAGGGGGCUAUGCUUUUGCAGCGACAAGGGAAUCCGUAUGUCUGCGUUGUUCAGUUUGCAGUCUGUGCUGCUUCCGGAUUAGGUUCUUGUCAAGGGUCGUGCGUAUCCCUCAGUAGUUGUGUCACCGAGAAUCGUCUGCAGUGACACAUUUUCCUUCUAAGCUUCCGUCUAGCUUCAUCCAUAUUUUUUCGAGUAGCUAGGAGCUUCUUCAGGGAGUUAUGGAGAUACAGACGUCCGGCAAACCAAUUGAUUCUUUGUUGGAGAAGGUUCUCUGUAUGAACAUUCUUUCCUCUGAUUACUUUAAGGAGCUUUAUAGAUUAAAGACUUACCAUGAGGUCAUUGAUGAGAUAUACAAUCAAGUGGAUCAUGUGGAACCGUGGAUGACUGGCAACUGCAGGGGGCCUUCUACAGCCUUCUGUCUUCUGUACAAGUUUUUCACGAUGAAACUCACUGUCAAGCAGAUGCAUGGAUUGUUGAAGCAUCCUGAUUCGCCAUAUAUUAGAGCUGUUGGGUUCCUCUACCUUCGCUAUGCUGCAGAGCCAAAGACGCUGUGGGGCUGGUUUGAACCUUAUCUUAAAGAUGACGAGGAGUUCUCUCCAGGUUCAAAUGGGCGAAUGACUACCAUGGGUGUCUAUGUACGUGAUCUCCUACUUGGCCAGUAUUACUUUGACACGCUCUUCCCGCGCAUCCCGGUUCCUGUAAUGCGGCAAGUUGUUACUAACCUUGAGAAGUUGAAGCUUCCUACAAAACAUAGUGGAGUCACUGGAGAAGCUACUCGCCAUGGAUCUGAUGACACUGCCCGAAGGCCACCUUCAGUAAAAGCUGCCCUCUCUGUGUCCUUUGGUCAGCGUGCUCCACACCGUGCAUCUACAAGAGACUCCUCUCCUGUUCGUCGGACUCUGCCAGCACCACGUGAAAGGAUUGAAAAUACUGACAUUCGCCGAUCCCCUGAUAAAGACCGUGUUCAUUCUAAAGAACGUAGGGAUUCUGAUAGGGACCGAGAGAGAAACCGGGACCAUGAUCGAGACCGUGAGAGAAGCCGUGACCAUGAUCGAGAUCGUGAGAGAAGCCGAGACCAUGAUCGAGACCGUGAUAGAGAUCGUGACCGUGACCUUGAUAGGGAACGUGACCGUGACAAAGAGCGGGACAGAGUAAGGGACAGAGACAGGAGACAUGGAUAUGAGCGUGAUGGCAGAGAUUCUUACCGCUCAAAGUAUCCAGAAAGAGAGAAUGGUAUGCGCAAUCAUGAGAGAGGAGACCGGGACAGACACCGUGAUUCUGUCUCUCGACACCGAAGCAGGAGCCGAAGCCGAAGUCGGAGUCGUAGUGUUCACAUGUCAGGCAGGAGUGCGAGUGCAGAUGUUCGUUCAAGUCCAUUCAAGGAUGCCCCCAAGGAAAAAAGUGCAGUUUCAAGCAAUCUGGCAAAGUUGAGGGACCUGUAUGGAGAUGCUUCCGCUGAUCGAAAAGGUGAUAGCAGCAUGGACCACACUGUCAAGGACAGUAGCAGUGAAGAUGUUAUCAGGCUUGGUGGUGCUACGUGGAGAUAGAAUGGCUGCCCUAGUACCUUCGCUUGAUUGUAAAAUUAAAGACCAACAUGAAAUGAGCAUGAUCUAGAAAAUUCUGUUUUUUAUACGAUAACUCUGUUUAGGUAUUUGAAUCCUGCUAAAGCUUCGUGCUCCAAAAUUUCAAAGUUUGUCUACAUUUGUCUUUGUUACUGAAUGGCUGCAAGGGCAGACUACAUCUGAAAUUUAUGGAAAACUUCUGGAAUUUUGGUCACUUUUAAACAUGUUUAUUAUGUUUGUUA